AUGAUUACAGUUAUUGUACCAUCAUCAUCAUCAUCAUCAUCAUCAUCAUCAUCAUCAUCAUCAUCAUCAUCAUCAUCAUCAUCAUCAUCAUCAUCAUCAUCAUCAUCAUCAUCAUCAUCAUCAUCAUCAUCAUCAUCAUCAUCAUCAUCAUCAUCAUCAUCAUCAUCAUCAUCAUCAUCAUCAUCAUCAUCAUCAUCAUCAUCAUCAUCAUCAUCAUCAUCAUCAUCAUCAUCAUCAUCAUCAUCAUCAUCAUCAUCAUCAUCAUCAUCAUCAUCAUCAUCAUCAUCAUCAUCAUCAUCAUCAUCAUCAUCAUCAUCAUCAUCAUCAUCAUCAUCAUCAUCAUCAUCAUCAUCAUCAUCAUCAUCAUCAUCAUCAUCAUCAUCAUCAUCAUCAUCAUCAUCAUCAUCAUCAUCAUCAUCAUCAUCAUCAUCAUCAUCAUCAUCAUCAUCAUCAUCAUCAUCAUCAUCAUCAUCAUCAUCAUCAUCAUCAUCAUCAUCAUCAUCAUCAUCAUCAUCAUCAUCAUCAUCAUCAUCAUCAUCAUCAUCAUCAUCAUCAUCAUCAUCAUCAUCAUCAUCAUCAUCAUCAUCAUCAUCAUCAUCAUCAUCAUCAUCAUCAUCAUCAUCAUCAUCAUCAUCAUCAUCAUCAUCAUCAUCAUCAUCAUCAUCAUCAUCAUCAUCAUCAUCAUCAUCAUCAUCAUCAUCAUCAUCAUCAUCAUCAUCAUCAUCAUCAUCAUCAUCAUCAUCAUCAUCAUCAUCAUCAUCAUCAUCAUCAUCAUCAUCAUCAUCAUCAUCAUCAUCAUCAUCAUCAUCAUCAUCAUCAUCAUCAUCAUCAUCAUCAUCAUCAUCAUCAUCAUCAUCAUCAUCAUCAUCAUCAUCAUCAUCAUCAUCAUCAUCAUCAUCAUCAUCAUCAUCAUCAUCAUCAUCAUCAUCAUCAUCAUCAUCAUCAUCAUCAUCAUCAUCAUCAUCAUCAUCAUCAUCAUCAUCAUCAUCAUCAUCAUCAUCAUCAUCAUCAUCAUCAUCAUCAUCAUCAUCAUCAUCAUCAUCAUCAUCAUCAUCAUCAUCAUCAUCAUCAUCAUCAUCAUCAUCAUCAUCAUCAUCAUCAUCAUCAUCAUCAUCAUCAUCAUCAUCAUCAUCAUCAUCAUCAUCAUCAUCAUCAUCAUCAUCAUCAUCAUCAUCAUCAUCAUCAUCAUCAUCAUCAUCAUCAUCAUCAUCAUCAUCAUCAUCAUCAUCAUCAUCAUCAUCAUCAUCAUCAUCAUCAUCAUCAUCAUCAUCAUCAUCAUCAUCAUCAUCAUCAUCAUCAUCAUCAUCAUCAUCAUCAUCAUCAUCAUCAUCAUCAUCAUCAUCAUCAUCAUCAUCAUCAUCAUCAUCAUCAUCAUCAUCAUCAUCAUCAUCAUCAUCAUCAUCAUCAUCAUCAUCAUCAUCAUCAUCAUCAUCAUCAUCAUCAUCAUCAUCAUCAUCAUCAUCAUCAUCAUCAUCAUCAUCAUCAUCAUCAUCAUCAUCAUCAUCAUCAUCAUCAUCAUCAAACGACAUCAUAUGA